UCCGACUCGCGCGCCGUGUCACGGGCGCUCGUGUGCCGCAUGCCCUAAAAACCAUCUUCAUAACACCUUUUUAAUUCCCUAGUGCUACCUUUAACAGUGUGUGUACAAUUAUCUGGAUUCCAUUCAUCAAUAAUCUCACAUUAAGAGUGGAGCCAUGGCCGCAAUGUCAGGAGCCCCGCUACUCCUUGCCAACGCAACCCUCACCAGCAAGCUACAAGACGAUGACCACAGAUAUGCGGAGCCUAUGAAGAAGAACAGAGACUAUGAAUGGCAAGUGGUAUGGAGAAACGUGUUCGCAUUCGUAUACCUGCACGCCGCAGCCUUGUACGGAUUCUAUUUGAUGUUCACCGGGAAAGUUAGAAUAUGGACCAUUUUAUUUGGUUUAUUGUUCGCGAUAAUGGCAGGCAUGGGCGUGACGGCUGGUGCACACAGGCUAUGGGCGCAUCGCUCAUACAAGGCACGCUGGCCACUACGACUAUUCCUAGCUCUUAUGCAAACAAUGGCCUUUCAGAAUCACAUAUACGAAUGGGUCCGAGAUCACAGAGUUCACCACAAAUUCACGGAGACCGACGCAGACCCUCACAAUGCAAGACGAGGCUUCUUCUUCUCCCACAUUGGCUGGCUGAUGGUGCGCAAACACAAGGACGUGUUUGAAAAGGGCGCCACCGUCGACAUGUCAGACUUAGAGAAAGAUCCGAUCGUUAUGUUCCAAAAGAAAACAUAUAUGGUGUUGAUGCCACUCCUUUGCUUCGUGAUCCCGGCCUGGAUCCCAUGCUACUUCUGGGGUGAGAACCCAUGGUACUCCUGGUAUGUGGCCUCCAUAACGAGAUACACCGUGGCCUUGCAUUUCACCUGGCUCGUCAACUCAGCAGCCCACAUCUGGGGCAACCGGCCCUACGAUAAAAACAUAGGCGCUACUGACAACAAGGCGGUCGCAAUCUGCGCGUUCGGUGAAGGGUGGCACAAUUAUCACCACGUCUUCCCCUGGGACUACAAAGCAGCUGAACUCGGAAAUUACAGCACAAACCUAUCAACUGCUCUCAUUGACUUCGCCGCUAAACACGGUUUAGCAUAUGACUUGAAAACGGUGUCAGCCGAAAUGAUCAGACAGAGGGUGAACAGGACGGGAGAUGGUUCUCAUCCCUGGACCAAGGACAGCCAAGAAGAAGAACAUUAUCAUCCUGAGAACCCAGUGUGGGGCUGGGAAGACACGGAUAUGACCGAGGAAGAGAAACAAUUCGCUGAAAUCGUCCACAGAAAAACUGAAUAGGUUCCUGUUCUUACGGAAUUUGUUUUAAUUUUUCUUCUAUACGAAUUGAGAGUCCCUACAAAGGUGACUGACAGUUGUAUUUGUGUAUUUGUGAG